GCACCGCCAUGCAGUCCCUGGAGGUAGGUCUGGUUCCCGCUCCACAGAGGGAGCCGAGACUGACCCGGUGGCUGCGGAGAGGCAGUGGGAUCUUGGCGCACCUGGUCGCUUUGGGCUUCACCAUCUUUCUGACAGUGCUGUCCCGGCCAGGAACGAGUCUUUUCUCCUGGCACCCUGUAUUCAUGGCCUUGGCGUUCUGCCUCUGCAUGGCUGAGGCCAUCCUACUCUUCUCGCCUGAGCACUCCCUGUUCUUCUUCUGCUCCCGAAAGGCCCGGAUCCGACUCCAUUGGGCGGGGCAGACCCUAGCCAUCCUCUGUGCAGCCCUGGGCCUGGGCUUUAUCAUCUCCAGCAGGACCCGCAGUGAGCUGCCCCACCUGGUGUCCUGGCACAGCUGGGUAGGGGCUCUGACAUUGCUGGCCACUAGCGUCCAGGCACUGUGUGGGCUCUGCCUCCUCUAUCCCCGGGCAGCCAGGGUCUCAAGGGUGGCUCGCCUCAAGCUCUACCAUCUGACAUGUGGACUGGUGAUCUACCUAAUGGCUACGGUAACAGUGCUCCUGGGUAUGCACUCUGUGUGGUUCCAGGCCCAGAUCAAAGGUGCAGCCUGGUACCUGUGUCUGGCGCUGCCCCUCUAUCCAGCCCUGGUAAUCAUGCACCAGAUCUCCAGCUUCUACUUGCCAAGGAAGAAAAUGGAAAUGUGAAUUCCUCCAAACUGUGAAUCAAGAUGGGACACUUGACUUGGACUUCAGUGGUUCCUUUGGUGACCUUCAGGGAUCUACUUCAGAAGUGGUAGGGUUUUUGUAUUUCUUAGCUGGGCUAGGGGCUGCAGAAACCCAAACUGCUGUUGCUGACAGAUGACUCAGUGGGCCCAAAUGGGGAAAUGUAUGGGGCGCAAGUGAAAGGUGAUGGGGAGCUUGAUCCUGAAGCCUCCACUCUUGAUGGGAGCCAGAAGUGUCGGGUGGUGGUGGUGAUGGUACUGGCAGUCAUUUCUUGCUUGCAUGCCUGGUGAAAAGUUGGAUUCCUGUAACUUAUGAAUGACAGCUAUGGCUCUUUGGAUCACUUUGAGAAAGCAGUGUAGUGGAGAGAGCCAAUGGGUCUUGUUUAUGGGGUGUGGUCCUUGUACACGCUAUUGUGGGACCUGAUGCGAGUCACAUGUCUCAGGACCUCAGUUUCCUCAUCUGUGUAAUGAGUGAUUGUUUCUAAACAAUUUCUCUUAACAUUCAGUGUCUGUCAAGUUGAUGUCACAGAACACCCUCCCAGGUCUGAACUGUGGGUUGGCCCACUCAGCAGACUCAGAGUGUAAUUCUUACAUUCAUUGCCUCCUUACCCCUGUGGAGGGACAGGUCUGCUCUCGUGGCCUUUCAGGAAUCUGUGCCGAUUUGGCCCCUGCACCAGGGGACAAGGGGUCAGGCACUGUGGAGAGAAGGGGCCCAGGUGAGGGUCUCCAGAACAUCAAGACAGUAAAGGCACUAAAGUCACUUUAAAACUUUUGGAGGAGCAAAAGGGCAUUGGCUUAACUAAGCCUCGGCUGGGCUUCUUAGCCCAGCUAAGAACGUCCUUCAGCUCACUUCAGGAUCUGGGCUUGAGGGCUGCGAGACAUCCAUUCUCAGUGGCAAAGUAGUCCUGAACAUCUCAUGUUUUGUCCUUCUUAGGGCUCAGGUCCUUGCCUUAGCACAUAGCUUCGUGCAGCUCUUCCGAAGCUGUUAGAACAAAAUAAGAGUCAAGGAAAUGGGGCAGGGCUCUUCUGAUCUAAGAGAAAACAAAGUGUCUCUGGUUCCCCUUCUCCCCUCGUCAGCUAAGCUUUCCUCAAGUGUCAUCUCUUGCCAGCUCUUUGGCCCAGGACGGGGCUGAAUUUGGUGCCAGCUGGCAAAUGAGGGCUGGGCUCUCCUCUUCCCUGCAGAGACCCCUCCUUGUUCCAAACUGAAAGUAUCAGUAGUUCCCCAGACUGCCCUCGGUGAUAAGGGCUGGCUGCUAGAUUGGUUGACUGUCGUCUGGCUCAGUCGGGGAGCUGGGACCUCCGUAGACCAUGGCAAAUACUGAAAACGGCUGAGUCAGGAAAUUGGUGUUAAGGCUGGUAGAGAGAGCUCAGUGGGAACUCUGGGAGGCCUGGGGUGUAGGGCCUGGAGCUCUAGGUCCCAGGAGCAGGGGUAGAUGUUCCUAGAUAGCAAUAUUUUGGACAUCUCAGGUCUUUAGAAGAUUCAAGACCUCCUUUCUGGGUGGCUCAGAAGCAGGGAGGUUGGUAUGGUUCAACAGUACAGGAGUGAGAACUGCAGGGGCAGAGGGGUUCUCUGAGCGGACCUCGCUAGGAUCCUCCCGGGUCAGGUGUCAUCUCCUAGGAGCUCUCCAGACCCUGAGCAUCUCAAGGGGGACCCCUGCUAUGCAGAGGGUGAUUGUUCCUGUCUUUUUCAUUGACCCCUCUCCCCUCUCCAACUCCUCAGUGUGUUCUGAACUUGGGAGAGAUGGUUGCUGGGGCUGCAUGGAGGAGAUUCUCACUGAGGGUCGCUUUGAUCAGGGAGCCCAUCACCCCUUGCCCACCACAGUCAGUGCUGGGAGUCUUACUCUGUCUAUAGCAGGGUAGGAAGGCUGGGUGGGGUUCACCAGCUUGCUCUGGGAGCCAAGCAGGCAACACCAUAAAGCCCGAGCCUGCCUGAGGUGUUGCCUCCUCCCAGGUGGUGCGGGGGCUGGUGAGCGGGCAGGCUGGCUGACAGCCGGCAGUUUGCGUGGGCAGUGCCAGCUGAUGUCUAUUCCCAGCCCUGGGAGGAAGGGGGAAGUCAUUUAUAUUCCGCAGGAGGAAGGGGUCCCAGCUGUCACUUCUCUGACCGGUAGGCCUUGGGGGUGGGGGGGCAGAGGCACAGGGCAGAGGGGGGCACAGGUGGUCUCCUGCUUAGCCAGUCUGAUUGCAGUAUAGGGAGGAGGUCGCCAGGAGGAGCCCUUCUUCCCAGCUGGCCAGAUUGUAGGGGGACUUCCCUCCGCUCCCCUCCUUUCUCCUUCCAUCACCACCUGCCCUCACAUCCUGGGGCAGCAGCUGGGCAACCAUUAGACCUCAGUGCCAGAGCACUCUUCCUCCAGCUGGGAUCUCGGGGGCUGACGGCUGCAUAUGCCUCUUGCUUGUGUGUUUCCUCCUCCCUACACCCUCUAUCCCCCCACCUCCCUGUAUCUCCCCAUCUGGGGUGUUAUCUGGGCUCCUCAGGAGUGAGGCAGAGGCCUUGUGGGAGAAGCAAAUGGCUGCCCUUUUGCCCUUGUCCCCUAACUAGGGAAAGCUGCUAGUAGCCAGCCUGUUUUGCCUUUAAAAAAAAAAAAGCCAGGGUGUUCAAGUUUUUUUAAAUUCUGUGUCAUUUGCACAAAUUUGCAUAUCAAGCUCACUAAGUCCUGAUUCCGAAUAUGAUUACAUUCAAACUCAGCCUUGAGGACAUUAGAAAUAUAGAUGCUUUUUGUAUCUAAAUCCAAAUGGUAAUAGGAUCACCAUUCUGGGUUCACGUACCACCCCAAAGCCCCCAUCUUUCCCAUAGCCACCGCUUUCCCACCCCAACACUUCCCCCCGCCCUGCCCCUGGCUGGGGGGUGGUGUUGAAUGGCAGGAGCUCUGUCUGGGGAAGUCUCCCAGCCUCACCUUCUUGGCUUUUCAGCUGCAUCAAAGGUAGGCUGCUAUCUCUUGCCAGCCUGUGCCUCCUCUGUCUGCACCCUCUCACAGCGCAGACUACCUCUCCCCACUCCAACACCGGCCUGUCCCUCCCUUCUCAUCGUCCCCACCCUUCCACCCCUGGGCAUGGCUGCCAGUGGGUCUUGUUUUUAAAACCUCACCGUGGGAGAUCCAGGCAUUCUUCCUGAGCCAGCUGGCUGCUAUGCCUAGACCCGUUCGGAGUUAACAAUAAUCAUUAGCUGAACAGUGCUGGGGCUUUUCAGCUCCAGAUCUCUAAGCACUUGCAGGCUGAGUCAGCCAGCCCUCACCUUCCCCCUCUUCUUGGGCUGCAGAGGGAGGAGGGGUCAGGAGUCUCACUUCCCAGCCAAGCCUCAUCCUUCCUCUGGGAGCGGGCCCUGAGCAUCCUCUGAGUAAACUAAUAAGGCCUUUUCACCUGACAAAGGUCAAGAUGUAGGGAACGUAGUACAUGCUCCACUGACACUGGUAGUGGUGGCUGUUGACCUUGAACCUCUAGUACCCCUGCCCUUCCUUCUGUUGACCUGUCUUGGCCUCCAGGGGACACCCCUGACUCCCUCAGCAUUUCUGGUGGCCCUCUGCAGGCUUAGGGAGCAGGGAGGCGUCUGGUUCAGUGCUCCCGCUGCCCCUGCGUCUGGUUGGCAUAAAGAGCCUACGUAUCAUGAAGUGAAAAGUGAAUCGACCUGGGAGCUAGGAAACCUGCAGUCUGGGUUUACCCAGCUCCUAACACUGGUGUGGCCACAGGCAGAUCACUUACUGCUUGACCUAUCUCACAGGGAUGUUGUGAGCGCUAGAUGACAGAAUGCUAUGUUAACAGGCAUUGGGAAGUUCAAAGCAUUAAACAGAUGUAAACAGGUGGUAUUACGUGCUUGUCCUUAUCUCUCUUUCACUCAACCUGGCUCUGGGUUUUAUGCUUCUUUUAGGGAGGCAAUAAACAGUUAUGGAUAAUGAUGCUUAGAGGACCCAAGUCUCUGAGAGGUUGUGUUGCUGGCCAUCACUGGAGAACACAGACAUUUCCUCCUAGAUGCAAGGUCAGGAACGCCACCAAGGCUAUGACUCUAGUGAAGCUUGCCCUGAGUGCUGCCAGCUAGUGCUUUCAAGUCACAGGGCUGAUUGCAAAUCUGGGAGUCAGUUAUCCCCCAGGUCCAGCCUGAAGUUCCUGGAGCUGGUCUUAGUCUGGAGCUCCUGGUCACAAGUCUAUCUAAAUUUCUCCUACCUAAUUCUGCUCUUCUGAGGGAAAGGCGGAGCAGACAAUCCAGGAAGGGAUUGGACACAGCAAUGGACACAACACUGCCACACCAGCCCUCUGGUUUCCCCCAUAGCCACAGGCUGCCUCAGGCCCUCACCCAGGCACAGCGUGGAGGUGGGGAGCUGUGAGACACAACCCCUGGCUUGUUCACGGGUUUGUUUCUCCUUCCUUGUUUCAGGCUCUUGGAGUAGGAUCACAGCCCCUUCCUCCUCAAAGGACUUUAUUGGAAUUAAAACACACACGCACAUGCACACACACAUACACACGCCAUGAAAGCAGUUAUGUUUAAAUUAGAAGAAGGAUACUUUCCAUUCCAUUGGUCUGAGAACAGCCAGCAGUCUGCCUGGAGUGGACACAGAGAGGCAGGCACCCCAGGAGCGCAGAGGCUUCAGUAUUUGUUUUUUAAUCUUGGUGGGUUUUAUUUUAUUUUUUUUUCUCUGUCCUGGGAUCCAGGAAUGAAACACUAGUCAGGCAUUGCAGUCAUGGCCUCAGCAAAGCAUAGGCACAGAGAAGACACAGCUGAAAGGCAGGAGGAUAGUGGCCCAGAACUGCCCUGGAUGGUGGUUUGAUGUAGACAGUCUCCAGCACUGGGCUAAGCUUAAAGCAGACAGAUUUCCUCCAUUCCCUCCAGUAAGACCGCCUUCUCCCUACCCACCCACCCACCCAGAAGGCUUGACUAAGUUACCAAUGUGCAGGGAAUAAGUUCCGGUUUUUAAUCUACCUGCUAUUAGAAUUUCCCAGAUUUUUUAAACCUCUGUUAAAAGCAGAUUAAGCAGCUACUUCAGGCUAGUCUCUGGUACCAGAGGAUUCAACUUUGUCUCAUUGAGUAUACAUGAGAGUCCCCCAGCACCCCUCUCUUUAAAGCAGAUUCCCACUUAUCUCACAGUGCUUUCUAAGGAUGCCCAAGACUGGGCUCGGCCUUUCUGCUUAGGUCCACGCCUAAAGCAAACUACGGCCAAGUGAAGGAGCAGUGGGAGGUGCAGGAAAAGCAGCACAAAGUUCUAUCCAGCUACAGUCCUGUGUGCAUGUUUGUAUGGGUGUGCACAUGCAUACACCCCCCCCCCAACUUUGGGGUCAGUGACUCUCACCUUAUGUGUGUCAGUGCUGUAGGGCACCUAGAAGUUCCUGCAGGGCCUCAUGUCCUAAAGGUUGGUUCUCUCCAUGCCCUCUGUGAUUGUGGGACUAACAAAGCCUAUGUCUGACUGGAAGCCCUCAGGGCAGGAAAACACUUCAUGUUUUCCACACAACAAUAUAUAAGCCUGGUGAAAGGGCUUGACGUGGCAGCUGCUUUAGCUCUCCUCUCUGAAGCCUGGGGAGAGGAAGCAUCCAGCAUAGGCUCACUGUAGCCAGACCAGAAGAGCUAACCAUACUACUGCAUGGGCCUGAGACUUUUCUGCAGUGUGGGUGGGAAAAGUGAUGCUUCCCCAGCGGUUGCCCGGGAGACAAGAUAAGGGGUACAAGAGCUGCAUCUGCAGAAAGGGAAGGAGUUUGAGAGAUCAGAUGGAAGAGAGACUAGGCUGGGCAAUCCACUGAACUCCCAUUUUCUGUUCUAAAAGGUAACCAUCAUACUAACCUCAUCCAUUCUCCUGCAGUGCCACCUAAGAGGAGCUAGGGGAAGAGCUGCAAAACAUGGCAGACAAAACUGCACAUCUUGGCCAGAACCUAUGGAACUCCCUGGGGGGCUGGGGAAGGGGGGAGAAGGGGAGGGUUGAAGAGAUGCAGCCACGGAUUCCUUGGGAUGAUGGAGAAAGGAGUAUCAAAACGUUUCAGGCACAGAGACAGGGCUUGGCACAGGCCAAAAUACAGGGGAGAACUCUCAGUAGUCUUCCCCAGAUCUGUUCUCUUUAUCAGCUCACCCUCUUGGCUAAACUCAGCCAUAGCAAAAACUGCUUUGGAAAGAUUAAAAAAUACUAUAUAAAUGUAGACUCUAGGGGUGCUCUGGCAUCAACAUCUGUCAUUGCAUUGACUGCCAAGGUUGACUGGUCUGAUGUGGCUGGCUGUGAGGUCUCUCCAUCCAUCACCACUUUACUUGUUCCUCAUGAAGAGAAAAAGACAGCUUUCCAGACAGAGGAGGACUGUCCUUUGGUCAAGAUUUUAUCAAUGUAAGAAAUUAGGUAAUUAUUCAAAUUCUGAUUCUUAUUUUAUUUUUUGACUGCACUGCAUGACUUGCGGGAUCUUAGUUCCUCAAGCAGGGAUUGAACCCGUGCCCCCCUGUAGCGGAAGUGUGGAGUCCUAACCACUGGACCGCCAGGGAAUUCCCCAAAUUCUGAUUCUUUUAGUUUCUCUUUUCCUUAUACCAUUUCCUCUUCCCUUGUGGAAUCUACCAUGACAAUCCCCUACCAAGAGAGUAGCCAAAGAAACUGCAUGUUCAGACUUUAGUAGAAUCCAGUCCAAUUUCUGGUAAGCUGUCUUCUGUACCAAGAAAGUGGGGACCGCAUUUCUGUGUUCUGUGCAAUGCCUAGGACAUAUUACACUGUCAAUGAAUAAUAACCUUCCUAUUAAAUUAAUAUACUUCAAGCCAAACUAAGAUGGUUACCAUUCACGACAUGAACAUAUACCGGUAAUAAUCAAAAUACUGUGAAACCGACCUGCUCUCCCAUCGUUUCUUUUAACCCAGUCCAAGCAUUUUUCCAUGGUACAGUUUGCAGGCUUGAUCCAGACUUUUAAGAGAACUCUUCAGGGAGACAACCCUCCUCCCCAGGGAUCCAGAAAGCCUUCUUUAUUUACAGGCUCUAGCCCCAAGUCAUGGAAUUUCUAAACUCUCUCUUGCUAAAGCGUCAGUGACAUUUCUUUUGAGAAUAUCUGCCAGGUUGGCAAACUAUGGUCUGCUGGCCAAAACCAACCUGCUGCCUGGUUUUGUAUGGUCUGUGAGCUAGUAAGAGUUUGUGCAUUUUUAAAUGGUUAAAAAACCUCAAAUACAUGUUACAAUGAUAUGGCAAUCGCAUUUUAAUGUCCAUAAAUAAAGUUUUACUGG